GCUUUUGCACGCACCGCCUAAAAUCAUGGCCUACCUUUGAGCUCGCCUGAUCUGCCCAAGGCCAAAUCGCAGCGAUCACAAAUGCUUUAGUCAGACACAUCCCACCUCACUUCAGACACUCUCAUCUUCAGCCUCCCAGCUGAGCAGCUUUGGGUUCCCUGCAGAGCUGCAAGAGGCAGACAAACCUCUCUGGAGGGUGGUUCAGCACAUCUGAAACCUCAGCCAUUCCUGCAAGAACCUCCGUGCCUUGUCAAUCUCGCACUCCCAGGCAACUGGACUCCAUGCUUCAGUGGUACAGGCAAAGCAUACCCUCUUGCAGUUCCAGGAUUUGUUGCGGCAUCGUUUCUGUCACCAGACUUCCUUUGCUGGAAAAAAAAAAAAAAAUUGCUGUUGGUACAGGAAGCAUAACAAAACUUCUUAUGAAUCACUGAGGAGAGCUGCUGUAGGAGGUCAUGAAGUAAAACCUCAGUUCUCAGAAGCGUGCCUCACAAAUGAGGAUAAAGCUCCAUGACUUAGCAAAACAAUCUGAAGUAUCCCAUUAAGGAUAAGAACAAAGACGGAUGGAUAAAUAUUGAGCAUUGGCAAGGAACCAUAAACCAGUACGGCAAAGAAAAUGAGAGAUCUCCAGAACUUUUUUGUUUAUGAGUGUCUCUUUGUUUUAACUUUUUGGAACAAUAUCAGCCUGUCUGUGGAAGAUGAACUCUUUACACCUGUUUCUAAUAAUUUUCCAGAAGGUGGUUCUGAGAAAAACAUCAUGAGCCUUCCACUGUUGUAUAAUCAUCAUCAUCAGCAGUCCAAAGCUGAUUACAAUUGGGUUGUAAUAGAAAACACUACAGAAAGCCUGUCAUUGUCACAAAUCACUAAUAGCAAUGUAAAAAAAUUAAUAACUUUGUUGUCUGAUUUCGGAAAAGGCUCCAGGCUACAAAAUCUGACACUGACGAAUGUGUCAGUGGACUGGAAUAUUUUUCUUGAACUUCUUCAGACUAUAUGGCAAUCAUCCAUUGAAUAUUUCAAUAUCAACAAUUUUACACAAUUGUCGAACAUUGAAAAAUAUAACUUCAGGUAUUCGGGUACUUCCAUGAAAGCACUGGCACUGAAGAACAUUUUAGUCACAGAUCUGUACUUUUCACAGGAUGACCUGUACCGGAUACUUGCAGACAUGAACAUUGAAGCCUUGACAGUAGCAGGAUCCGAGAUGAUACAUAUGCUAUGUCCUUCAUCUAACAGUCCCUUUAGAUACCUAAAUUUUAUAAACAAUGAUUUAACCGAUCUGCUUUUUCAAAACUGUGACACAUUAAUUCAACUGGAGAUAUUUAUCUUACAGAAGAAUAAAUUUGAGAGCCUUUCCAAGGUGAGCUCCAUGACCAGGUACAUGAAAUCACUGAGGUAUCUGGACAUGAGCAGCAACUUGCUGCGUACCGAUGGAGCCGAGGAGCACUGCCAAUGGACUGAGUCUCUGAAGGAGCUGGACCUGUCCUCAAACCAGCUGACAGAGUCCGUGUUCAGGUGCUUGCCGGUCAAUGUCAACAAACUGGACCUACACAACAACCAGAUCAGCAGCGUCCCCCAGGGGAUUGCUGAGCUGAAGUCCUUGAAAGAGCUGAACCUGGCGUCGAACAGGCUGGCCGACCUGCCGGGGUGCGGUGGCUUCUCGGCCCUGGAGAUCCUGAAUAUGGAGAUGAACUCGAUCCUCACCCCUUCCGCCGACUUCUUUGAGAGCUGCCAGAGGGUGCGGGAGCUGGAAGCCGGGCACAACCCGUUCAAGUGCUCCUGUGAACUGCAGGCCUUCGUGCGUCUGGAGAGGCAGUCUGGGGGGAAGCUGUCCGGCUGGCCGGAGGCAUACGUGUGCGAGUACCCCGAGGACCUGAAGGGAACGCAGCUGAAGGACUUCCACUUGACGGAGCUCGCUUGCAACACGACCCUGUUGCUUGUGACGGCUCUGCUGCUGACGCUGGUGCUGGUGGGGGUGGUGGCCUUUCUGUGCAUCUACCUGGACGUGCCGUGGUAUGUGCGCAUGCUGUGGCAGUGGACGCAGACGAAGCGCAGAGCUUGGCAUGAGUGCCCCGAGGAGCGGGAAACCGUCCUGCAGUUCCACGCCUUCAUUUCCUACAGCGAGCGCGAUUCCGUGUGGGUGAAGACCGAGCUGAUCCCGAACCUGGAGAAGGGGGAGGGCAGCGUCCAGCUGUGCCAGCACGAGAGAAACUUUGUUCCCGGCAAGAGCAUUGUGGAGAAUAUCAUUAACUGCAUAGACAAGAGCUACAAGUCAAUCUUUGUGUUGUCUCCCAACUUUGUACAGAGCGAGUGGUGUCACUACGAGCUCUACUUUGCCCAUCACAAGUUGUUCAGUGAGAACUGCAACAGCUUGAUCCUGAUUUUGCUGGAGCCUAUUCCUCCGUAUAUUAUCCCUGCGAGGUACCACAAGCUGAAGGCUCUCAUGGCAAAGAGAACGUACCUGGAGUGGCCAAAGGAGAGGAGCAAGCGUGCCCUUUUCUGGGCUAACCUGAGGGCAGCUAUUAACAUUAACCUGCCAGUGGCUGAGGGGCAAAGGUGUGGAGAAAGGGAUUAAGAACCUUUCUAAUGCAGUUUCUUCUUCUUUUAUUUUUUUUUAAUGAAACAAUAAAUACUUUAUGAUUUCUAU